UUCAGGCCGCACCCAAUCAAUAAAAUUUGACCAUAUUUGGAAUUUGUGAGGAUUGUAGAUAUAAGUUCGAAAGUUAGGGUGGAAGAAAGAAGAAAUAUGGCAGGUUUUACUGAAGACCAAAUUGCAGAUUUUCAGGAUGCCUUUUCACUGUUUGACAAUCGGGGAGAUGGGAAAAUCAGUAUCUCUCAGCUAGGUGAUGCAUUACGUGCUAUGGGUCAAAAUCCCACUGAAGCCGAUGUAAAGAAAUGCUCUCGCCAGUUAAAACCUGAUGAGCGUAUUUCUUUUGAAGUGUUUCUUCCGAUGAUGCAAGCUGUCAGUAAAAACCGCAGUACGGAUACUGCAGAAGAUUUUAUUGAAGGGCUUCGUCACUUUGAUAAAGAUGGUAAUGGCUACAUCGGUUCAGCAGAGCUGAGACAUCUUUUAACAACACUUGGUGAAAAACUAACAGAUGAUGAAGUUGAGCAACUUCUUGCUGGCCAGGAGGAUUCUCAGGGAAAUGUACAUUAUGAAGGUAAUGUUACUACUUUCUGUAUUUGUAAGUGUAUGUAG